CAUUUAAUUUUAUUUGGUCGCUCGCUGACAACGACAUCGGUUGCGUCUCGUCGCCCUCUAUGCACAUGAAUCGGAUCGUAUCGGAUCGCAUCGGAUCGAAACAUACAUAGCCAAAGCUGAGCCAAAUCGUACAGCAGUAUAGGCAGUAAAGCAGUAGAGCAGUCGAGCAGUAGAGCAGUAAAGCAGUAGAGCAGUAAAGCAGUAACCUUUGUCCAACCAGAAAUCCUUAUCCUUGGGACAGACUUUCCGUGCAAAUAUCAAAAGUGCAUCGAGUGAAACUGAUGUGAUUCGAUUGAUGGCAAUCUGAUUGCAAUUGAUUCCCUACACUCACCCCCACCCAGUCCCUGAGAGACGUACACACUGCAACUGCAGCGGACAGAGCGCGAAACGCGAAAAUUGUCAACAAAGUCGUAAAACGAUUUGCGCAAAACAAAACAAAACGCAAACAAAACAGGCCAGCACAGUAAUUAUCAAAUGAUCCAAUCAAACUCAACAUAAGUCCACCACACUCCCAGCGAAGGAAGCAGAAGCCAAUAGUAACGGCACACACACACACACACACAUAUUCUGAGGCCUGGUAACAGUAAUCCCGUUAACAGUACUACAAAUUCAUAACUGAAAGCGAAAGUCGACACACCAUGCGGCAGCCAGAGAGCAGCUAGAGGAGAGUACGACGCGGCAGAGUCAUCAGGCACAGCAGCGCCAGAGUCAGCGGCAGCAGCAGCAGCAGCAGAUCUAGGUGCAGUUCCAGGUCCAUCAGCCGUAGCAUCAGCCACCGGAGAAGCCGAUUUGUGGGUGGCGCUGUACAGCUCACUGAUUAGCAGAGGCAUCGAACCGGUGCCCGAUCCGAAUAGGGCUAGGACUAGGAAGAGGAAGCGGCCCCUUCCGUUUGUGUUGUUCUUCGAUAAUCAAGAAAAUGGUGCAUGGACCACCAACCCGGAGAAAAUCGCAGCAGCCACAGCAGGAACAGCACCAGAAGCAGCAGAAUCACAACCAGAGCCAGAACCAGAACCAGAACCACAACCAGACGCAACAGAAGGAGCAGCAGCACCACCACCACCAGAAACCAUGUGAAAUGGAUCUGGAGCGGAUGCCCACGCCACCGGAUGGUGGCUGGGGCUGGGUGGUGGUUUUUGCGUCCUUCAUGAUUCACAUUGUCACCGAUGGGAUGACAUAUUCUUUUGGCAUUUUCUACGACGAGUUCACCGCCUACUUCAACGAGGGCAAUGGCUACACAGCCUGGAUAGCCUCGAUAAUGGUGGGCGUUACGUUUUCCUCAGGUCCCAUCAGUUCAUCAUUUGUCAAUCGCUACGGGUGCCGGCCGGUGACCAUAGCGGGUGCCAUCCUGGCCGCCAGCUGCAUCAUUGUGAGCAUGUUUGCCCAGAACGUGCUCACGCUCAUCAUUACCAUCGGAUUCGGCACGGGGCUGGGCUUCGGGCUCAUCUAUCUGCCGGCCAUUGUGAGCGUUACGCAGUACUUUGACUCGAGGCGCUCCCUGGCCACUGGCAUCGCCGUGUGCGGCUCCGGCUUCGGCACCUUCGUCUUCGCCCCGCUCACGGAGUAUCUGAUCGGCAGCUAUGGCUGGCGGGGGGCCAUGCUGAUCAUCGGCGGCAUCGUGCUCAACUGCAUCAUAUUCGGGGCGAUGUUCCGGCCCCUGGAGCUGGAGGCGCCCCCAAACACUACCAGCACCCCCAAGCUGGGCAAGAAGUCGGCCAUCAUCGACGAGAACACAACGCCCGCCGAGCUGGAGCCGCUCAAGGUGGCGCCCGCCGACCAGUACUUGCAGCUGCCCCAGCGCACGGAUGUCCCCCCAGGCGGCGUGAUCAGCAUCACUGGCGGAAGCCCCUUGUGUCGAUCCAACAGCAUGGGACACAAUCUGAAGCCCAAUUUGAACAAUAAUUUGAACGGCGCCAUCAAUGGCCAGACCCCCGUGGCGCCCACGACCCACACUGCUGUGGUGGUGAAGAGCACCAGCAACGACGACAUCGCCCGCAAGUGUCACAGCCAGCUGCAGCUGACUCCGCUGCGGGACGCUCAUCGGGAGCGCAGCGCCAGUGGCACAAUGUACCGCGUGGAUGCCCUCUAUCAAGGCUCGCUGCACAAUCUGCCGGAGUAUGGCAGCUCAAGGAACGACCUGAGCCGCUCCAUGUCCGGAUCGGGAGUGAUCAAGCGCUACGGCUCCUUGCGGCAAAGCAAUCAGAUGGACCAGAGUCAGGAGGACGCCAAGUGCUGCGGGUGCAUCACCUGCUCGAAGGAGACCCGCGACACCUUUUCCGAAAUGAUGAACUUCUCGCUGCUGAGGGACGUGAUCUUUGUAAUCUUCUCGGUGUCGAACUUCUGCACCAGCGUCGGCUUCAACGUGCCCUACCUCUACAUAGCCGCCUACGCGAAGCAGCUCGGCAUUAGCAAGACGCACAGCAGCUACUUGAUCGCCACCAUUGGCGUCGCCAACACCGUGGGCCGCAUCGUCCUCGGCUAUGUGUCGGACAAGCCGUGGGUCAACCGCCUUCUCGUCUACAACUUUUGUCUUACGGCCUGCGGUUUAGCCACUGCCAUGGUGCCUCUGUGCAAGGACAUUAAUUCACUGGCCAUAUACUGCAUCGUUUUUGGGUUCACCAUUGGCGCCUAUGUGGGCCUCACCUCGGUCAUCCUGGUGGAUUUGUUGGGCCUGGACAAACUGACCAAUGCCUUUGGUCUGCUGCUGCUCUUCCAGGGCAUUGCUAGCUUUAUUGGUCCGCCCAUUGGAGGCUGGAUGUACGAUCUGACGAGCUCCUACUCUCCGGCCUUCCUCAUGGCUGGCCUGAUGAUCGCCAUCAGUGGUCUGGUCAUGUUCGCCAUUCCGCCGCUGCAACGCUUUCAGGCCAAUAAGGCCGACCACAAGAAUAAUUCCGAGCACCUAUCCCUAAGCUAGUUCAGUUCCAGCCACUGAGCUCCGUUUUUGUUAAACUUUUUUUUGUUUUUUUUUUUUCCACAAAACUUUGUUAGACUAAGAUGUAGCAUCUAGGGCCAUGGCACGGCAAGUAGUAUGCCAUAGCUAUAGAAAUUGAUUAUUUAUGUCUAGGCGAAUCGUAUCGCCCCCCUUCUACCCUUCCUUCCACGCUCCCCUAGUCUGAACGCGCUCAGACACUAUUUUGUAUCGCUAACUGAAAAGAUAUGCAUAAUCGUAUAAACUAUAUCCAAAAUGUAUGUGUAGACAUUGUUCUAGAGAAAUUAUCGUUGUUGUUCUACUCUACUUAGCCUCCAUGAAUGUACUCGGAUGAAUGUAUGUGUAUGUGUAUGUAUGUAGGAUGCUUUAUUGUCUUCACGCAGUAGUUUGUCAGUGUCAACGCUAUUAAAGGAAGCUCCUGUACCACAGCCACAGAAAGCAACCGAAAAA